AUAUAUGUCUAAUUUUCGAAUAUAUUUGACGCAUGCGCAAAUUCAUAAACAUCAACACGUGGAACGAACUUCCUAUCUAAACAAGAGAGAUGAGACCUCUGACUGACGAAGAAACCAAGACUUUCUUUCAGAAAUUGUCCAAAUAUAUUGGUGAGAAUAUAAGGCUGCUGCUUGAUCGACCAGAUGGAGCAUAUUGCUUUCGACUGCACAGAGACCGUGUUUUCUAUGUCAGGGAAGAGUUGAUGAAGAAAGCAGGAUGUGUGUCAAGGGAGAAUCUCAUCUCCAUGGGAACCUGUUUUGGAAAGUUCACCAAGUCUGGAAGUUUCAGAUUACACAUAACAGCAUUAGAUUAUAUAGCGCCAUAUGCUAAGUUCAAGGUGUGGCUGAAGCCGAGUGCUGAGCAGCAGUUUCUGUAUGGCCACCAUGUGAUGAAGUCCGGACUCGGGAGGAUAACAGAGAACACAUCACAGUACCAGGGCUUGGUCGUGUACAGCAUGAGUGAUCUCCCCUUGGGGUUUGGUGUGGCAGCAAAGUCGACACAGGACUGUCGUCAUUGUGAUCCGAUGACCAUCGUGGCCUUCCACCAAGCAGAUGUGGGAGAGUACAUACGAAAUGAGGAGGCUUUAUUGUAGUUCUUGUAGGAUUUCAUGGCAUUGUAAAUAAACACCAAUUCUGUACAUAA